GUAGAAAGCAUGGAAGAAGAAGCAGCAACAACAAGAGGGUCACUACUUCUCAAACAAAAGCUUGAUAAUAAUGAUCAAUGGAGCAGUAGUGAUCAUGGUGGUAUGCAGCUAAGUGAAUCCUUAUCAACCACCACACCUAUUGUUGUGCUUAGCACAUUAGCGGCCGUAUGUGGAUCAUUUACUUUUGGAAGUGCAGUGGGAUAUUCUUCACCAUCCGAAUCUGGAAUUGAGGAUGACCUUGGCCUUACUUCAGCGGAGUAUUCAAUUUUUGGUUCAAUAUUGACAAUUGGAGCAAUGUUAGGUGCAGUAUUUAGUGGGAAAAUUGCGGAUUUCAUUGGUAGGAAAGGUGCAAUGGGAGUUUCAGAAACAUUCUGCAUCCUCGGGUGGCUUGCAAUAGUAUUUGCAAAGGAUGCUUGGUGGCUUGACCUUGGAAGAUUUUUGGUGGGAUGUGGAAUUGGGAUUCUUUCUUAUGUGGUUCCUGUUUAUAUUGCUGAAAUUACACCUAAGAAUGUUAGGGGAUCAUUUACAUCACUUAGUCAGUUGAUGAUAGGUUGUGGCAAGGCUCUCACAUUUCUUAUUGGUUCUCUUGUCAAUUGGCGCACCUUGGCUCUAAUAGGAAUCAUUCCGUGUCUAGCACAUCUGCUUGGCCUAUUUUUCAUUCCUGAGUCUCCUAGAUGGUUGGCCAAAUGCGGACGUUUAGAAGAGUUUGAAGUUAGGCUGCAAUUCCUUAGGGGAGAAAAUGCUGAUAUUUCUCAAGAAGCAGCUGAUAUCAUUGAAUAUACCGAAAACUUUCGAUGGAUAUCUGAAGAUGGAGUUCUGCACCUAUUCCAGGGAAAAUAUGCUUGUUCAAUCAUAGUUGCAGUUGGGCUGAUGGCAUUUCAAGAAUUUGGAGGACUUAAUGGGUUUGCAUUUUAUACAAGUUCUAUAUUUGAGUCAGCAGGUUUUUCAAGUAAGAUUGGGACUAUAUUAGCAGCAGUUGUUCAGAUUCUAAUGACAACUUUAGGAGUACUCUUGAUAGAUAAGUGUGGAAGACGACCACUUCUAAUGAUAUCUGCGACUGGAGCUUGCUUAGGUUGUGUCCUCACUGGAUUCUCAUUCUUCUUGCAGGAUCUGCAAAGAGGGAAGGAGCUCAUUCCCAUUUUGGUGCUUAUUGGUGUGUUGGUAUACUUGGGCUCUUUUGAGCUAGGCAUGGGAGGAAUACCAUGGAUUAUUAUGUCUGAGAUAUUUCCAAUAAAUAUAAAGGGUUUAGCUGGGAGCCUUGUCACAUUGGUCAGCUGGACUGGUUCUUGGGUUGUUUCUUACACUUUCAACUAUUUAUUUGAGUGGAGCUCAGCAGGGACAUUCUUCAUAUUUGCAGUUAUAUGUGGUGUGGGAAUUUUAUUUAUCGGUAAAAUAGUUCCAGAGACUAAGGGGCGUACACUAGAAGAAAUACAAUCUCUUCUCAACUCAGACUCCAGGCGGUUUGAUAUCGAAGAAAUGGGCCGCCAGGUCUGCGAGAAUCGGUUCGAUAUUGAAGCUUGUUGUGUCACGAUGAUGCCCUCAAGAAAGAAAGGUGAGUCCUUGGUCUUGUCCAACUUGAAAUUAAAGGUUUUGAUUGAAGCUAUUAGGAUGGUGUUGGAAAUUCUGUAUGAUGAACGCUUUGUAACCUUUUUCUUAUGGUGGGCGUGUCUGUAUGGGACGCCACACCGCCAUUAGGUACCUUAAGAACUCGGUAGAGAAUCCUAGUUGGUGGUUUAGUGUCACAUUUGAUAGAGAAAGGUUUGAUGAUAGGCAUGUAAAUAAGUUGUGUUUGUUUUUUGAAGAGAAAAUAAAAGAUGAUUCUUUGAUUGGUUUAAUAAAGAGGCUGUCUGAGUGUGAGGUGGUGGGAAUUGAAUUGGGUGGUUGUUACUUUAGGAAGGGGUUUUCCCCAAGAAAGCGGGUUGUGUUCAAUUUUGAUUAAUAUUUACUUUAAUGGGUUUGAUAAAGAAAUUCCAGAUAUGCGUCUUCAGAAAAAUCCGGAGAAUCCAAAGUUUAAAUCGGAACAGCUUGUUUGGAUGUCUGGCCUGUUUUAUAAGCCAGUGAAGUUGUAUGUGGUCAGGUAUUUGGAUGAAAUAUUAGUGAUAACAUCGGGAUCGAAAAUGUUGACCAUGGACUUUAAGAAUUGGGUUUUGAAAUAUUUAGAAGGUAGGUUGGAUUUGAGGGUUGAUAAAAUGAAGACGGCAAUUCAUAGUGUGAUAUCUGAGAAUAAUUUAAUUUUCUAGGUAUGGAACUACAGGCAGUUCCACCUUCAGUUUUGCAUCCUCCCAUGACGGAGAAAGCAAUUAGGGCAUGCAUGGAAGAAGUACCUUAGGCAGGAGGAAGUUAGAGCUUUAGAAUUUAAAAAUGCUAGAGAGAGGAAUAGGAAGAUACUGGGGAUGAAGAUAUUGCAGCAUGUUUUUAAGAAGUUGAAGCAAAGUGAUGGGUUUAAAUUUGACUUUCAAAUUGAAAAAUGAGAAAUCUUCAGAACUUGGACUGAUGAAGUGGUCCAAGAUUUCUUGGGUUCCUUGGAAGAGCGUUGGGAAUGGCAUCGGAUGCUUACAGCAGGCGAUUUCUCUCUUUAAGGCACAUUAGAGAUCAAUUACCCCAAGAGCUGGUUAAUGCUUAUGAUAAGUUUCAAGAGCAAGUUGACAAGUAUUUGAGUCCGGUCCAAGCUAGAAAAGCAUUAGAGAAAGAAGAAAAGAGAGUGGAGGAGGAAGAGGAAUGGAAAUAUGCUAAGUGCAUGGUUGAGGAUAUGAUGAGGCUGUGUAUGAAAGUUGAUGCACCAAUAGAACUUGUUAGGAAGGCAGUUAAGAUGGCUGGUUUUACAAAUAACAUGGGUUGCCCUAGGCCGAUCAAGUUACUCAUUGCUCUUGAAGAUACUGAUAUUAUCAAGUGGUAUGCAGGUGUAGGGAGAAGGUGGCUUGAUUUCUUCUGCUGCUGUCACAACUUCAAGAUGGUUAAAACUGUAGAAACUUAUCACUUGAGGUUCUCUUGCAUUUUGACACUAGCAGAGAAGCAUGAAUCACCAAACGUGAAGCCAUUAAGCAUUACACUAAAGAUUUGAAGGUCUCUGAUUUUAAUGGAAAUGAAGAAGUGUACUUCCCCACAGAAAGAGAGGUUAAAAUGAUGGGAGAUCAAAAUCUUUCAGAUCCAAGGCCUGUUGAUGGGGCUUUAUCUUUGGCUUUGAUCAGGUUGGCUUCUGAUGAGCCUUCAUGUUCCUGUAUCAGUUAUUUCUGUGACAGAAUGGAUACUUUUUAUUAUCGGGUACGGUUACUGCAGAACCAUUUGACUGUGAACCCAUCUGUUGAGGACAAGUGGGUCCCAGGGAUGGGUGUAAUUCAUGAAAGUCUCAAUCGGAAAUGCCUCCCUCUCUGUUCUCAUCACCUAAAUGAUUUAUAUAUGGGGAAUAUCACCCUGCAAGACAUUGACUGCACUGCAUUUGUGGAUGUGGACUGAAUGUUGCAUGUUCUGCUGCAGUUUUCUACAUAAUUGGUAUUGGUUCUGGUAGCUGCUAUUGAUCUGAAUCUUGUUCAAGAAAUUCUUCUGUAUUUCUUUUCUGAAAUGAGGCCAGGUACAUGUGAAGAGCUGUUCUCAAGUGUACUGUAGGGUUUAAAAAAGAGCCAAGCUGCUUGCAAGCAGCUUGAUCAAAGUUUGCUUGGCUUGUUUGUUAAGCAAGAUGACCUGUGCUUGAACUAUGUUCUGACUUUUGGGCUUAGACACCAUUAUGCUCAGCUGGUGUGCUGGCUUGAUAGAGGUUCUCCAUCAUAGAUCUGAGGGAAUAUUCUUCUUCUCAAACUGAUCUGAUGCUUUCAUUUUAGGAAUCAAGCAUAGACAGCACAGUCUUCUAAACUUUUCUGUUUUUAUUUUUUAUUUUAUUAUUUUCAUUAUUUUGUCAUCUCUCUGUAAGCUUUUCAUGUAUAAGAUGAAUUUUUCUCUCA